AUGUUUCUCCAGUAUUACCUCAACGAGCAGGGAGACCGAGUCUAUACGCUGAAGAAGCUUGACCCUAUGGGACAACAGACCUGCUCGGCGCAUCCUGCUCGGUUCUCCCCAGAUGACAAAUACUCUAGACACCGAAUCACCGUCAAGAAACGCUUCAAGGUGCUCAUGACCCAGCAAUCGCGCCCUGUCCUCUGA